UUGGACUCAGGUGUGUCCCGCCGCCCCGCUGGGGUAGAAGAACAGGCCCUGCUGGGUGUGGGUCACUGUCUUGUGGGUCACAGUCUGAGCCAGUUCGCAGCCGCAGCCAUGGACACACCGUGGACUUCCCUGUUUCUCGGAUUGUUCCUGUCGGAACUUCUCUGCCUUCGCUCCAGCGUCGCCCUCCCUCAGACGCUGACGUCUCCCAAAGGUCACCGGCAGAGCCAGAGCUUGCCCCCCGCUGUGACCCAGCAGCAGCAGGCGCCGGAGCAGGUGAACACGGUCCGGGUGCUCUGCCACCCGGACGCCCUGGAGGUGGUCAUCAGGGCCGACUUGUUUGACGUCGGAGCCCCCGUGGACAGCCGCGAGCUGCGCCUCGGAGUGGAGCGCAGUGAGGCCUGCACAGCCACGGCUUCCUCCCACGACGAGUACAGAAUCUUUGUGGGAAUCGAAGACUGUGGCACCAAACACUGGAUGAGCGAGGACUCCCUGGUUUACACAAACCUCCUCAUAUACAAUCCAAUUGACUCUCCUGAGGGGAUCGUUCGGAUGGAUGAGGCAGUAAUUCCAGUUGAAUGUCACUACACAAGGAAGUACAGUUUGUCCAGUUCUUCCCUCAUCCCAACUUGGAUUCCCUUCACAUCCAAACUAGCCACAGUGGAAACCCUGGAGUUCAAACUGAGGCUCAUGACUGAUGAUUGGAUGUAUGAAAAGGGAUCCAACAUGUUUUACCUUGGUGACCCCAUUAACAUUGAGGCCUCUGUGCGAAUUGGACAUCACAUGGGGCUCCGGGUGUUUUUGAGCAGUUGUGUGGCCACGCUAGAACCAGACAUGCACUCUGACCCAAAAUACAUCUUUGUUGAAAAUGGGUGCUUGGUUGACUCUGAGCUUCCUGACUCCAAGGCUCACUUCUUGCCCAGAACCCAGGAUGACAAGCUACAACUAGUCAUUGAAGCCUUCAAGUUCCACAACCAUGAUGCAGGACAGCUCUACAUCACGUGUCACUUGAAUGCAGCACCAGUCGCUGAUGCUGAGGCGCCCAACAAGGCCUGCACUAUGAUAAAUGGAAGGCAAAGCCAACGUGAAGCCGUGUCGAAGUCUGGUCCCAGCAGUUUUGGCCCUCGAGGAUUUGGAAAGCCAGUUGAAGCCACGUGGCGAAGUGGACUGCCCAAGACAGUGUGGGAUCAUAAGGCAACAGUGGGUCCACUGACUGUCCUGCAAUCAUGGAAAACUGCCCCCCUGCCUGCUGAGGAGCUUCCUGCAGUCCUCCAUAAAAUCCAUAGACCAGCACUAUAUGGCAGCCACUGGAGAGGUGGCACAGACAAAACUGAUAUGAUGAAAGGGCUCCUCCCUGGCCCCUCAUCAGAACUGGAUGAGGAUGAAGAGGAUGAGAAUGAAACUGGAGAAAAAGGAUUUAACGAUGCGCUGAAAGAAUUGCUGCCCAAGUUCAAAGUGAAGGAGAUUGCUAUGGACAACAGUACUGCUGCAGUGGAGAUGCCAACUAAUGCAACUGUUACAUCUGUCCUUUUGGAAACUUCUGACCCAAAGAAAUAAAAACUUUAACAUUAAGAUGACUUGUGUAUAAUCAUGACUUUGUUCCAAAGCCUUUAUAAUUUGGCUAAUGUACAACUUAA